CAAAAGAGCGCUAUGGCUGCCAUCCCCAAGACCAUGCUGUUGUGGGCGGCCGUGCUGCUGUGGCGCGGGCGUGUGCUGGCGCAGAGCGAGGCGGCGGAGGUGCAGCUCAUCCAGGGGCGUAUCUCCGGCGCGAGGGAGGAGGCCGGCGGGAGGUCCUUCUACGCCUUCAGGGGCAUCCCUUAUGCCCAGCCUCCGGUGGGGGAGCUCAGGUUCCAGGACCCCGUCGCGGCGGAGGCGUGGGCGGGAGUGAGGGACGGGUCGACGGCGCCCCCCCUGUGUCCUCAGCUGACAGCGGUCGACGGGGAAACAGCUGUGGCCGGCGAGGAGGACUGCCUCUACCUCAGUGUCUACACGUCUAGGUUGUUCCCAAUCCCAAUUAUAUUCUUGUUCAAAACGCGACACAGUAGUUCCCGAUCCCAAUUAUAUCCUCGUUCGAUAUAUGACACAGUAGUUCCCAAAUCAGGUACCACGGGUAUUCCCUCCGACAUGCCCGUGAUGGUGUGGCUCCACGGGGGGGGCUUCCUCGUGGGGGGGUCAGAGGAGCAGUACCCCCCCAUGCCCCUGCUCAAGAGGGACGUCGUGUUGGUCGUCCCGCAGUACCGCCUGGGCACCUUAGGAUUCCUCUCCACGGAAGACGAGGCGCUGCCAGGGAACCUCGGCCUCAAGGACCAGACGCUGGCCCUCCGCUGGGUCAAGGAGAACAUCCGUGCCCUCGGCGGCGACCCCUUCCGCGUGACCUUGUUCGGGCAGGGGGCGGGGGCGGCGGCGGCGCACCUGCAGGUCCUCAGUCCACAGGCCGCUGUCCGGCAACGCCCUCAGUCCGUGGGCGUUGAGGUGCGACCACAGAAAGAAUGCAGCUGUGGUGGGGGCGCGGCGUUCGGGUGUGCGGGCGUGGACUCGUCUUCACCAGCUGAUUUGAACAGCACUGCGCUCCUGGACUGUCUUCGGGAGCUGCCUUUUGAACAGCUGGCCGUCAUCCCGUCGGUUUUUGUGGUGAAGAUUUAA